AUCUUGUUGAUAUGGCGGCAAGCCUGAGAGGCGAGUUUAUUUAGGUCGCGCAAUGUGAGAGAUCGAGAUCUUCUCGCAAGAGUGGUGAUGUAUUUGAUUCAUUCGAGAAAUGUCUUUGUGUAGCAGGCCUAGUCCUUCGUGCUCGUGGAGCAAAGAAGGGGAACAAGCGGACACAACGGCAACUACUGCCAUGGAAAGAACUCCCCCGUCGUGUGCAGCGUCAACCUCCUCCACGUCCACUACCGAGACAUCGAAAAUGCAGUCCGUCUUGCAGGAGCAUGGGCUGAGAGCGUUCCGCAGGAUAAUACUACUAGUACCAGGACGAGGACGCGCAGAUACCCAUACCUGGAGGAUAGAGCGGAACAUGGAUUCGCGGAACCGGACUGCUUUUGACGUAAAACCACAUCAAGGUACUAGCGGGGUUCUGGAACCUGAAGCAAGAAUACCGGAAGCAAGAAUGAGGGAGGGGACUGGGACGGAGUGUGAAGAUGAUGGAUGUGAUGCAGUAAAUCAUGCAGGUGUGAAGGCUAGGAAAAGACAGCGAGAUGGUGGAACAUGCAUGUUUUUAGAAAACUACGUCUCUGGCCUGACCACGACUGUGUACGAUGGCAAAAGGCGAAGCCAUUUGAUGUCCUUCCUUUCUUGCAUGCUGGCAGCGGUUUUCGCUAUACGGACCGCCCUCGCAGGGGAUGCGGACAUGUCGCAUUCCUUUGAUAUGACGCAUCAUAUCGAGGAUAACAUCAUGGCAGUUCGUGAUAGUGACCUUGUCGACGAUGGGGCCGAAGCACGUAGCUACAACCUGCCGUCACUUACACAACUCGAGUGCCGAAAUGAGGACCAUGCUGAAUUCAUGGAACUGAAAAACAUGCUGUUGUCCGGCGACCUGGAAGCGAAUGCUGGAAAAGUCAUCGAGGCUGCAAAUUUAUGAACAACAGGACUACUUAUACUUUACUAUGUAUGGUGUAUGACUAACUAAGUAGGGCGGAAACAACGUUCGAAAUGUGCGUUUUCGAGAUAGGAGAGUCGCAUGUAUCAAUGUAGCGUAGUUCCCAUUAUAGUUCCCAUUAUAAUAUAGUUCCCAUUAUAUACCAUACAUUACGAGUAUGAGUAACAACUUUGCUCGUGCACCAUCUCGAUCUCAAUAAUAUGUAGAUUCCUGCUUUCUGUGAGCAUUUUUUUGUCAAUCCCCAAGUUGUAUAGAUGCUCACUUUUCUCUGCCUUUAUUUAUACACGCGGCUUGCAGAGACCAGUUUCGCGGACGAGAUGGGGCUUUACAAAGGCGUGGACGAUUUCUUCCAUGACAUUUGCGAUUUGAACCUGAAAACAACUCAAGUGUGUCUGUACGGUCUCUUCAAUGCGCUGGUAGUCCUUGCGCUCGCGGGCGAUACGGAAUUCGCCAGGCCCGGGCUCCGCAUGUUGGGAAAUUUGCAGUGUCUCGACUACCUCGAGAGCUCUUCCUGGCGCUUCAAGAGUGCUGACCUCCAAGCAGUUUUGCAGAAUUCCACGUUAUGGAAAGUGGGGGAAAAGCAGGCUGCUCCUCACCAAGUCAUGCUGACCGGGAAGAACAAAAUAGAUGCGGAGUAUUUUGCCAAGUGCGACGUCUCUGCGUGGAUGUUGUCACGGAAAGCAGAGCAAAUGCUUAUGGCGAGAAGCAGCGGACAACCUACGAACGAGCCCGAAGCUAAAAAGAGUGUUCGUAUGCUGCUCUUCGGAACGCAUCCUACACUGACGCUUGAGCCCUACACGAUGAUCGCUGAUCACGUUUUUCCGCAGGACAAAUUCGAUCUAGACCUUCAGGGCGUCUUUGGCAUUAGCUACAAGUGUCACAUUUAUCCUCUUUUGUGCAAUGACAAUGACCCAAUAGCUACUUUGCUCGGUGCCUUCGACAAAGCUGACGAAACGUACACAACGGACAAAGCGCUUCUCACUUUGGAGGCCGUCUUCGAAAGUCUCAAGGACACCGCGGAUGUUUUCAUUUGCACGUCGCCCUUCUUCCUGUGCGCGGUGAUGGCAGCGGUACUAACACUAAGUACGUGAAUACAACACAUCACUACAGAAUUAGGCGUUUUUUAGCUACAACAGUUCCAGUUGGGAAUUCUUGCAUUGUUUCUCUCAAAAACUUUCCGAUCCGCUUCUUCCACGACUACCAAUCAACUCAGCUCCUCCCUGCAGAAACACUGCAGUUCAACUUUAUGGGCUUACCAGCAUUGUGGAAAGCGCCUCACGACGUAGCUGAUAAUAUGGAGACGUUUUGGGAGUACGGGCAUAAGUUCUUCCGAAGGGAGAACUCAGUGCAUGUCACGAACAAUUUCUUAUUGUUCGAGCAACUGCGGUACAUGUUUGGGGAGCAGGACACCACGAAACUGAGGGUUUUGCGACCGCACAACAGAUACAUGAAUGUAAAUGAUAUAUAAUAUUAUAAGAAUAUUAUGUAUCCUGAACAUAUUCAUGAGGAUUUCGGUUACGACGAUCUGCGCUGGUGCUCUGCUUCAGUCGUCGAAGCCGAGUCCUCUCAAUGUUCAUUGACGUAGAAACGAAAUAAUCUAUCACAAAUGUGUAGCGCACAUGCUAAAGGUGGGUUUCUUAUUCUUGCUCUUUCAUUCAUAUAUUGUGCAUUAAGGUAGGUGUCACAAUCACUCACACUCAUCAAUCUUACAGGCAUACUACGUACCGCGAAAGCACUUGAUUGCGACAGCCGAGAGGAAGAAGAACCUAUCACUUGAAGAACUAAGGAACAAGGAAGCGCCGGCUCCUUUGGUCCACUACGUAGGCCUGGUAUCGCGUACCAAAUUUCAGUGGGUGACGUUUGAGUGCCUCUUCAAACGGCUUAUCCAUGAGGGCAACCUUCCAUUCGAUUUCGAAGUUUUGAAUACCGAUAGCAAGCUUUCUUUUCAAGAGAUGGGCACGUUUACCGCGAUGAUCCUCGUACCGUGGGAGGCGGCAUUGAUGGCUUUUUACGAGUUUUACAGCAUGAAUAUGCCUCUGUUUGUCCCGUCACGGGAUAUGCUGUAUCGCACCGUGUAUCAUGCGGAGGGUAACCUCGGAACGACGAAGAACAUUUACCAUGUACGCUCGCCGCGGUUGGCUGGAGCUGAUGCAGAAUCAAUUCACUUAUGAUGCACGACCCUUUAGCUACAUGCAAAUCUUUGUAGUACGUUCUCAGCUAGAGCGUGCUUUCAUUGAAUGAAGAAUUGGAGAUUUAUGUAAAGCAACUGGGCGAUUUCCGCUUUCUGUUUUCUGCGUCAACAGUAAUAGUAAAGACUUCCUUCUAUUAGCUGCCUUCAUUCCUUCCGUAUCCGCCGUUCGCUUUCGAGAAGCUUGAUGCGCGCAUUUACUGGUUGGAGUUUUCCGACUUCGUGCGAUGGCCAGGAAUCCGACAAUUUUUUCACCUUCAGGAGCUGGUGAAGCUGCUCUUACAAGAAGACGCUCCUGCUAUGGCCGCUGAGAUGAAACUGUAUAACGACAAAACGUUUGCGAGUAGUGUCGCAUUCUAUCGCAGAGCGUUCGGACGGUUCUUCGCGUAGUGCGGAGAGUGGGCUUCUUUGGCGCAUCGCUGUCCGUAUCGCCAACGAUAGUAGUUCUUUGUAGUACACCGGACGGACCUGUCCCUAGGAAACGAAUACGGAUGAUAUCUAAUGAUUGCAACUCACUUUCUGAUCGUGUAAUAUCGACGACAUGAUCAUUUUCAUGAAUUAUAGUUCUUGUUCUCAUUCACACUCUCAGUCGUCUCGUAGAAUGGUUAGCUCUUAGGUGGCAAGAAUAAUGAAAUCCAGAACUUAGACCAGCGAGUCUAUGUCACCGGUACAGCGAUAUUGUCAGUCGAAAACAUUUAGAGAAUAUGGAGAAGAUCUAGUUGCGUGGUUUGGUCAUGUUUAUAUAUUUCGAUGAAAGCUACCUCUGCCAGCUUUGUCGUGAUACUAC